AUGCCUACCUUUACAUCAGAGCGCCUUGCUCGUCUUCGCUCCUUAAUGAAGGAACAAGACAUCCAUGUCUAUCUUGUUCCUUCUGAAGAUGCUCACCAAAGUGAAUAUAUUGCUGACUGUGAUAAGCGUCGUCAUUGGAUUUCUGGCUUUACUGGUUCUGCUGGGUUUGCCAUUGUCACUCUUACCGAAGCUGCUCUUUUUACUGAUGGUCGUUACUUUUUACAAGCAUCUCAAGAAUUAGAUGAAAAUUGGAGUUUGAUGAAACAAGGUCUUCCCCAAGUACCUACUUGGCAAGAAUAUUUAGUCAAGAAUGUCAGUGCUGGUUCACGAAUUGGUCUUGACCCUACUCUUAUUAAUGCUGUCGAUGCUCAUCAAUUAACAUCUCAACUUGAACCUAUGGGUUCUCGCUUAAUUCCUAUCAGCCAAAACCUAAUCGACCUUGCUUGGGGUAAAGAUAGACCCGAGUCACCUAAAGACAAGGUUUUUGUACAACCUAUUGAAUAUACUGGUAAGAAAAGAAAAAGUCAAGAAAUGCCAAAUAUAGUAACCUUGAUGAAAUUAGGUAAAUCAGUCCAAGAAAAGUUGAAGGAAUUACGCCAACAUAUCCAAAAGCGUGAUGCUUACGGUACUGUAGUCUCUGCUUUGGAUGAAAUUGCUUGGUUAUUUAACUUGAGAGGCUCUGAUAUUGAAUGUAACCCUGUCUUUUUCUCUUAUGCUGUGGUGAAUGUAUCCGAAGCUAUGUUGUAUGUAGAUUUAGAUAAAGUGACAGAGGAAGUCAAGUCUCAUUUGGAUCAAGCAAGUAUUACUGUCAAGCCUUAUACUCAGUUCUUUGAUGAUUUAAAGACAUUACAGUUUGAAGGAAAGAAACUGUUGGUGAACAACAAGACAAGCUUGGCUGUGGAAGUCGCUGUAGGCGAGUCCAAUGUCUUGGAAGAAAGAUCAUUUAUUACCGAUGCCAAGGCUAUCAAGACCAAAGAAGAACUGGAAGGUAUGCGUGCCUGUCAUCUUCGCGACGGUGCAGCUCUUGUCCAAUACCUUGCCUGGCUUGAACAAAAGCUUUUGGCUGGUGAAAAACUUUCUGAAGUAGAUGGCGCUGACCGUCUUGAACAAUUCCGUGCUGCUCAAGAACACUAUGUAGGCUUGUCUUUUGCCACCAUCUCAUCCACAGGCCCUAACGGCGCUAUUAUCCACUACAAGCCCGAAAAAGAGACCUGCAAGAUCAUUGAUCCCGCCCAUAUUUACUUGUGUGAUUCUGGUGGACAAUACCGUGACGGCACCACAGAUGUGACCCGUACGUUCCAUUUUGGCACACCAUCUGCUUAUGAAAAGCGUUGCUUCACACGUGUACUUCAGGGCCACAUUGCUAUUGACCAAGUGGUGUUUCCAAAGGGCACCACCGGUUACUUAUUGGAUCCUUUUGCUCGUCAACCUCUUUGGCAAGACGGUUUGAAUUUCUUACAUGGUACAGGUCAUGGUGUAGGAUCUUUCUUGAAUGUACAUGAAGGUCCUCAUGGUAUUGGUAUUCGUGUCAGUUACAACGAUACACCUUUGGCUGCUGGUAUGACAGUUACCAAUGAACCUGGGUACUAUGAAGACGGCAAGUUUGGUAUUCGUAUUGAGAAUGUCAUCUUGGUCAAAGACGUAGAGACACCCAACAAUUUCGGUGGACGUGGCUAUUUGGGCUUUGAACAUGUAACCAUAGCCCCUAUGGGUCGUAAUUUAAUUGACGUGGAGCUGUUGUCUCCUUCUGAAAGACAAUGGGUGAAUGAUUACCAUCAAGAAUGUUUGACCAAGUUAGGUCCCCUUGUGGCUCAUAACGCAGUUGCUACAGCAUGGCUUAAGAAAGAAACAAGUCCUAUUUAA